AUGUUGCACCUUGUGGGCCUGGGUCUCGCUGACGAGAAGGACAUCACUGUCCGCGGCCUGGAGAUCGUGAAGAAGGCCGAGCGCGUUUAUCUGGAGGCAUACACAGCCAUCUUGCUGGUGGACAAGGCGAAGCUUGAAGCGUUCUAUGGCCGCCCUGUGAUCGAGGCGGACCGUGAACUUGUAGAGACAGGCAGCGAUGAGAUCCUCGCCGGUGCGGACACGGCAGACAUUGCCUUCCUUGUCGUUGGCGAUCCAUUCGGCGCAACAACCCACACCGACCUCGUCCUCCGCGCACGCGAACUCAACAUCGCCACGAACGUUGUCCCCAAUGCCUCCAUCAUGUCCGGUAUCGGCUGCACCGGCCUGCAACUCUAUAACUUCGGCCAAACCGUCAGCAUGGUCUUCUUCACCGAGAACUGGAAGCCCUCCUCGUUUUACGACAGAGUCCGCGAGAACAUGCAGAUAGGCUUGCACACACUCAUCCUGCUCGACAUCAAGGUCAAGGAGCAGUCGAUGGAGAACCUCGCGCGCGGCCGCCGCAUCUUUGAGCCCCCACGAUACAUGACCGUUGCGCAGUGCGCCAGCCAGAUGCUGGAGACCGAGGAGACCCGACAGGAGGGGGUGUAUACACCGGAUAGUCUGGCGGUGGGUGCGGCGAGAGUAGGCGGCCCAGAUCAGCAGCUUGUUGUGGGAACGUUGAAGGAGUUGAGCACGGUGGAGAUGGGCGCGCCAUUGCAUAGUCUUGUACUGCUGGGGCGGAGAACGCAUGAUCUGGAGAGGGACUUUAUUCGGCAGUUUGCUGUGAAUAGAGAGACGUUUGAUGCGAGUUAUGUGAAGGGGUAUGGGGCUUCUUCGUAA